UGGAUGAAACUCUCUCUCCUCUUGGACUGUGGACUUUACCUCUCAAGAAUCUAAUAAAGAAAAUGCUUUAAGAUUUAAGAGAUAACUACCAAUAUCUGUAGAAAAGAAAAUUAAACUCUUUUGUCUCUAUCAGGCUGUUAUUGGAAAUUAUGUCUCAACAAAAGCAGAAUUUGCUGUGGCUGAUGAUCAUCUGUUGUGGAUUAAGCCAGAUAAGCUUCUCCAAAAAAGUAAUAGUUGGCAACACUUUAAAAGAUAAGUGUUUCAAAAAACCAGAUAUUCAACAAGCAUGUAGUCCAUUAGAUUGUCAUGGAGAUGUAAAGUUUUGCACAAUGAAUGUCCAAAUAAACAAAUCUUCUCAAGGAAAGUGCAAAGACAAGGAAGAAGCACACAGUUUGAUCAUAAAAAAUUAUGGAGAGAAAUAUGAAGUAAGAACUAAUGAGUCGUGUAAAGACACAGAACUGUGGUUUUUGCCAAAUGAAGGGAACUGUUCGCUACCACAAAAUACAAAUCAAGGAAACACUCACACACCUGUAACUAGCAACUGUAACAUCCUCUUCUACACACACAUCUGCACCAAACAAGGAAACCCAAUCACAGGUUGUCCGAGAAUCCCUUCUGUUGAUCUUAAGGAGACAUGUAAAAAAGCGACAUAUGACAAUGAUACAUGCAGAGACAAUGAAGGAAGCAAAUACAUUCUGCGUUCACACAGUAAUGUAUGGACGUGUGUGAAAUGCAAUCAGGCACCUAAAUGUAGCUCAGCGAACAAGACUGCCUGUGUCAAACCAACCGAGACAAAGUACAAUCUGACUUCAGAUGGUCUAAAAAACAAGGAUGGAUCUAUUAAUCCCUCAAAUGCAUCAGUUGCCUUGGACAAUCUAAAGUCCCUGGCGGAUCAGAUGAAAAAAGACAAUAAAAGCAGUGCGGCGAUUGUGAUGGGGGAUGUUGAUGGUAUCCUCCAAAUUCAAGAUGAGAACACAGAAACUGAAGACGCAUGCUUCUCUACAGAUCAGAAAACGAUGGAUAUUGUUGACUGUGAAAGUGACCUGGACUUUCCCUGGUCUGUAACGAUUCCCAGCGAGGCCUUUGAUAAAUCAAAACAGGAAUUUAAUGGCAGUGCAUUUGUUGGAGUUUUAAGGUUCAAAAACAUGGAAAAUAUGAAUGAAACUAAAAAUUACAUUGUUUUGAACAACGAGGUUUAUGGGAUAAUAAUGAGCACCGAAAUCUCCAACCUUACAGACAAUAUAGAAAUGGUCUUUACGCAGAAAGAUCUGGUCGGUGAGGCGUCCUGCAGUUCUUGGGAUGGCAAAGGAAAUCUUACAUGGACGACGUCCGGCUGUGAGACAGAAAAAAUAGACAAUAACACCAUACAGUGCUCGUGUUCACAUCUGACGUUCUUUGCAGUGCUGAUGUCUCCUCCAGAUGUAAAUCAAAACAUCACAGCUCCGUAUGUGGAAUCAUUGAGCUUCAUCACUUCUAUCGGCUGUGGCAUCUCCAUGUUUUUCCUGUCCGUCGCUCUGUUCAUGCAUUUCCUAUUACGGAAAGCCAAAUCAAACCAGGCCACAAAGAUCUUGAUAAACAUGUUUGUGGCUUUGUUUCUCCUGAAUCUAUCCUUUUUGUCAAACGAGAGCGUGGCCAACACAGAAGACAAGGCUGCAUGUGUCUUCAUAGCGCUGCUCAUGCAUUACUCAAUGCUGGCUACAUUCACCUGGUUCUUCAUUCAAGCUCUUCAUAUGUACUUAUGGCUCAUCAGACAGAACAUCACCAUCACAAACUACAUGACGAAGGUCACCGUGCUCGGCUGGAUAUUUCCGGCUCCAAUGGUCAUAGCUGUUGUUUCAAUAGGAGGAUAUAGUACACGGAUCAUAAACGCAACAUCUGGAAAAACAUUCCGAAUGUGCUGGAUUACAGAUCUUUUAAUUCACUACGUAGUGAACAUUGGCUACUACAUCUUAGUCUUCAUCUUCACGACAGGAAUCUUCAUCACUAUCGUUACCAGAGUUGUCCAAUCCCGACGCAUAAGAGCGACUGAUGGCAAGAGAAGCACGUUCAGAAAGCAGCUGAUGAUGGUGUUGAGUUUGUUCCUGCUCUUCGGCCUGACGUGGGCUGUGGCGUUCUUCAGUUAUGGACCGAUGCUCAUCCCCUCAUACUACAUCUUCACCGUGUUGAACUCGUUUCAGGGGUUUUUCCUCUUCCUGUAUUACUACCACAUUCACAAAGACAUAGAAGGUAAUUUCUCUGAUGAUCCAGAAAGGUCGAACUCCACCACAACUAUCGUUCAAUCCAGAACUAAUUAAUACAGAAGCCCAUGUUGUCUCUUGGACAGCUGAUAGUUCAAAAGUAAAAGGUCAGCAUACUAGUCAUGUUUAAUAAUAAUCUGUGUCUAAUACGUAUGUUGUACGGUGAGGGGAUUCAACAACUCAUAAUGGGAUCAUAAGUGGGAUCAUUAGCUUUUUAAGACAUUUGCUAUUUUACAAGUUGCAUUUUUUCUCGUAUUGUAAAUUCAGGGUAACUGUAACACUAGUUAUGAAAAUGUAUCGUUUGCCUGACUUUUGAAUGUUUCAAUUGUGCAAUGAUUAUUAUUUUAUUCAUUUUUUUAUGUAGUUGUAAAAAUGUUAGGUAAAAAGGACUUUGUUUCAAAUAAUUGUAAUGCAGGUUUCAUCUAGACAUUUGCUUUAAGCCAUAUUUCUGAAAAAAUUAUAUUGUUUCUUUUAUACAGUGCAUUAACAUUAUAAUAUUUUAUCUUGCCUCCAUAACGGCAUGAAUUUGUGCAUUAUAUUCAAUAUUUUUGAUUUAGUUUUAUAAAUAAAUCAGUAGUAGGCAACUAUAUGCUUAUUGCAGGUUUGUUUUCAGUAAUUAUGUAUUUUAAACGCAUGUAUGAUAGUGAUAUAAGUUUGUGUAACACUAGAGGGCGCUGUGAGAUUGUGCAGUGUAACUCAUAGUGUCUGAGGUUGGAGUUGAAGAUGUUAAUGAGAUCAUCUAUAAUCGACUCACUGUGACAUGUAUUUGCA